AUGUCACAACAACCAGGAAGCCGGUUGUCACGCAACGCUUGGGAUGUUAGCUACGGCGAUGAUAUUGAUAAUGAUCCUUAUCCUGGCAUGAAAAAUGAGGUAAAUAAGACACAUUUUGAGACAGAGGAGACAGCAAGUGACCGGGAAAUGUAUGUGAAGACCACUCUUCGAGAGCUAAUCAUCUACAUAAUCUAUUUGGUGGUGCUGUGUGUCAUUACCUUUGGAAUGACCUCAACAACUAUGUACUACUACACCAAGGUGAUGAGUGAUCUGUUUCUGGAGUCUAAGGAAGGCUCUGAUCCAAAUUUCAAGGAAGUGAACAGCGUUGAUGGUUUUUGGAAAUACGCUAAAGGACCUCUCUUGUCAGGACUUUAUUGGGAGAACUAUUACAACAAUGAUUCUCUACCUCCAAAUGAAAUGGGAUACAUUUACUAUGAAAAUAGACUGCUCGGAGUGCCCCGGAUUCGUCAGCUCAAAGUCCGUAACGAUUCUUGCCAGAUUCAUGAUGACUUUGCUAGCUACAUCACUGAAUGCUUUGAUUCAUAUUCUGAAAGCUUUGAAGACAGGGCUCCAUUUAAUAUGUCCCAGGCAGAACCAAAUAAUACGGCAUGGCGCUACUUCUCAGAAAGUGAACUCAAUGGUGGACCUCAUUGGGGGCAGCUGAGCACUUACAGUGGUGGAGGCUACUAUGUUGACCUAAAUACCACUAGAAGUGCUUCAGAAGGGAUUAUACAGAACCUCCUGACUAAUCUUUGGAUCCAGCGAGGGACCCGGGCAGUCUUUAUAGACUUCACUGUAUACAAUGCAAAUAUAAACCUUUUCUGUGUUGUAAGAUUACUGGUUGAAUUUCCUGCAACAGGUGGUGCCAUUCCAUCCUGGACUUUUCGUACAGUGAAGCUGAUUCGCUACGUUACCAUUGGGGACUACUUUAUCAUGGCCUGUGAAAUCAUCUUCUGUAUCUUCAUCUUGUAUUACACAGUGGAGGAGAUACUGGAGAUCAAGGCACUAAAAUUGGCAUACUUCAAAAGUUUCUGGAACAUUCUGGACCUCACAGUGGUCCUCAUAUCCCUUGUGUGUAUGGGUUUUAAUAUUUAUAGGACUGUUGAGGUGAGCAACAAACUUACUGGACUUCUGGCAAAUCCUAACAUUUUUGCUGACUUUGAGAAGCUCAGCUACUGGGAGACCAGGUUCAGCAAUGCAGUUGCAAUAGCAGUUUUCAUUGCGUGGAUCAAGAUCUUCAAAUACAUCAGCUUCAACAAGACAAUGACCCAGCUGUCCUCUACUCUAGAGCGUUGUGCCAAGGACUUGGCUGGCUUUUUUGUGAUGUUCAUCAUCAUUUUCCUGGCAUUCACCCAGCUAGGCUACCUGCUGUUUGGUACCCAGGUGAAGGACUUCAGCAGCUUUCAGAAUGCUUUCUUCACUCUCUUCAGAAUCAUCUUGGGAGACUUUGAUUUCAACCAGCUGGAACAAGCCAACCGUAUCUUGGGGCCAAUCUUCUUCAUGCUGUUUGUGUUCUUUGUCUUCUUUGUGCUCAUCAACAUGUUCCUGGCCAUCAUCAACGACACCUACUCUGAAGUCAAGUCAGACAUGGCCAAUGCCAAGAAUGAUUUUGAAAUUGCUGAUUAUUUCAAGAAGGGAUACUUGAAUCUGCUUAGCAAGCUGAAUAUCAAGCGGGAAAAGAUUGUGGACUUGCAGAAAGCUCUACACUCUGCAGACAUCAACCAGGACAAAAAGCUCGACUUUGAGGAGUGGCGCCAGGAACUCAAAUCACGUGGAUAUGCUGAUGGGGAAAUUGAAGCCAUGUUUGCCAAGUAUGACCUUGAUGGUGACCGAGUUCUGGGUGAAGCUGAGCAGAAACGCAUGCAGGCUGAUUUGACUGCUCUGACAAAAGUUUAUGAUGACUUGGAUGUUAAAAAUCCUCGCCCUGGCACUGGACAGCGUUCAAGCAGCCGGAUCAGCUUUAAUGAUGGAGACAGUGCUGAUGACAGCGAUGAUGGGGAUAGCGGUACAAAGUCUUUACACACCGGCCCAAUCUCAAGUGGUGUUUCAUAUGAAGAAUUUACUGUCUUAUCAAGAAGAGUCGACAGAAUGGAACACUCUAUCGGAAGCAUAGUUUCUAAAAUUGAUGCUGUUCUGGUCAAGCUAGAAGCCAUGGAGAAAGCAAAAAUAAAACGUCGGGAGACAAUGGGCAAGAUCUUAGACAGUAUUUCAGAGUCAGAUGGAACAAGCGAUGAAUUGAAGAGAGAACAAAUGGAACACCUUGUCAGAGAAGAACUGGAGCGGUGGGACUCAGAAACAUCUGUGGGGAUCAGCAGUGCUUGUGGAGUCUCACCUGGUGCAGGAAAUGUUCCUGCUGGUCUUCGGCCUCGCUCUCGAGCAGAGUCAGCUCAACAUGAGGAUUAA